UCCAGACUCUGCAGGGGACCCAAGCAUCUGGACCUGCUGAGCUAUACUGUGGAAGUGGGAGUGAGACCAUGCCACUGGAUUUGCCUGUGGCUGUGCCCAGUGGCCAAGAUACUGAAAGACAAGUCCGAUGCUUACCUACAUGGUGAUUCCUAGCCAUUGCCCUUCACUGGUGAGGUACGCAGACGCAGCAGUGGGAAGAGAGAAACUACACCAGACUUCAGAUUUUGGACAAUACAGCAAGGCUCUCUAAGAUAUUAAGUGUUUCCCCAUAAGGGCUACAAUGGAGACACUGUCCCAGGACUCUCUACUGGAAUGUCAGAUUUGUUUCAAUUACUACAGCCCGCGACGGAGGCCCAAGUUACUGGACUGUAAACAUACCUGCUGCUCUGUUUGCCUUCAGCAGAUGAGGACCAGCCAGAAAGACCUGAAAUGCCCUUGGUGCCGAGGUAUCACUAAGUUGCCACCAGGCUAUUCUGUUUCCCAGCUGCCUGAUGACCCAGAAGUCAUUGCUGUGAUUGCAAUUCCUCAUGCUUCAGAGCACACUCCUGUCUUUAUCAAACUUCCUAGCAAUGGAUGCUACAUGUUGCCCUUGCCCAUCUCCAAGGAGAGAGCACUGCUGCCCGGAGACAUUGGCUGCCGCCUCCUGCCAGGUAACCAGCAGAAGUCUGUCACUGUGGUGACAAUCCCAGCUGAGCAGCAGCCUCUGCAAGGUGGAAUCCCACAGGAAGUUGGAGAAGAGGAGCACGACAGGAGGGGUGUUGUGAAAAGCUCCACCUGGUCGGGGGUUUGCACUGUCAUCUUGGUGGCAUGCGUCUUGGUCUUUCUCCUCGGUAUCGUGCUCCACAACAUGUCUUGCAUUUCCAAGCGCUUCACCGUGAUUUCCUGCGGCUGAAAAGGGGCUGCUCCCAGAAUACUCUUGUGCGUUUAUUUAGGGGCUAGGAAGGCAGUGGUGGUGUGAUGGUGAUGGGACUGAGAGAGAGCAAUGCACUGCAACAUUGACCAGUUACUACAGAAUACUUGGCACUGGGCAGCCAUUUGAUAGUCCAAAGGCAAUCCUGAAAAGGUGAAACAUGAGACGUCUUUGUUAGGGUACAGAGAAAAUCAUGAGUGGUUUGAUGGUAGCAGCACUGAGGAUGACUGCAUGCGUCACCAUAAUCAUUUAUCAAAGGGACUGUAAUUUGUAAUGAUUUUUAUCAUGUUAUGAGAUUAAAGACGUCUACUUAGCUGGUUAUACUGUAAAAGUAUAUGGUAUGAUCUCUCUCUUUUUCUGUCUCUCUCUCUUGCAACAAAGUAGAUUACAAUCCCAAAUGCUUUUUGUAUAAGUAGAGUGAAACAUGAGAAUUGGUGUAUGACUCAGUAAAGAUUAUUCAGUGCCAGUCCACAUGCAUUUUUUUUAAAGGUGGGGGAGGGGCUUGUAAAAAAAUCAUUUAGUUGAUAAGGCUUUUUAUAUAUUUUCAAUUGCACAUAAUUAAAAUAAGUUAGUUGUACAGUAGUUUUUAAAAGGAAAUGUUUUACAAGCAAUUGUGUUUCUUAUGUAAUACGUGUUUGUCAUUUGCUUUCCUUUUUUUUUGUUUUCCAAUGUAGCAAUGCAAAUUCCCAAACAUUGUUAAAUGGAGAUCCAAGCUGGGAAGCAAUAAAAUGAAGUAGGUGGGAGAUGUAAUAGUGCAGCUAAAAUGUUUCUGUGUAAGCCACAUCACAGAGUAUGGCUGUGAAGUAUAAACAGUGGUCAUGCUGUUUCAUCUCAGGUCUGUCAGCAGGCUCUUGGAAAAUCUGACUUUCAUGGGGAUUAGUAGAGAAAUGGCUGGGCAGUCUUCCUGCAAGAACCAGAUU